GAAUAUCAUUUUUAGAUGAAUCAGUAGGUUAUAAUUCCUUCAAUAUUUCUUUUGGGGCUAUGGAUAAAGAAGCCCCAAAUCAUAGCUUCUAAUUUACGGAUCUGAUAUUUACUAGUUAGUUCUGUGAGAUAGAGUGCUAUUCAAUAAAAUACUAUUUGAAUACUAGUUUUAGAAGAAGCACUAUAUUAAAAUUUCCCCGGUAACCUUUUCAUGCUGCAGAGAGAGAAGCUCUAAAGUCUUGAGUUAGAGUUUCUAUCCGACGAAGACGUAAAAUCUCAUUUCAAAUUCUUGCAGCAGUAGAGGUUCAAAUUUUUCAUUUAUAGUAAAGAGACCACAAAUAGUAGAAAUUCCUCACCUAAACUGAAGAUAAAGACACCACAUGCUUGGUCCACCCUCCUCACUAGCUGAAGUUCAAUAGAAGCCACCCAAACAAGCCUUUCUUUUGACUAAAAUACCAAUAAAGAUGUUCCCCAUCUACUCCUCUCUCUUUCCUCCCUGUUGACCAUUUCUAAUCAAGGCAACAUCAUCACACCUUGCAAAAUUGAAAGAACGCAUAGUUUAUUCCAAUUCCUACCUUCCACAUGCAACUUCCACACAUUUGAAAAUCAACCCCUUCUUUUGACCAUCACCAUUAUUCAGAUCAUCAAAUGAAACCACACCACUCAUAUCCAUCUCACAAACCCUCUCUCCUCCUCUCUCUCUCUCUAUCUCUCUCUCUCUUUCUCUCUCCAAAAAAUAACCUGCUGCAUCCUUUUGAGUAGCAGCAGAACCAAUUAAUUAUGCACCCUGCAGAAACUCUUCCGCUGCUUCCCUUCGUCCUUCUCCUGCUUCUAGCAUGCAUACUCCCUUCUCUAUCCGACGCAAAGAACUACUACCGAUACACCGAUUGCGCUCCGACGAACUACACUUGCGGGACGAUGAAGUUCACCGUUGGCUACCCGUUUCAGUUCGGCACCGCCCGACCAGACUACUGCCGAUAUCCGGGGUACUACCUCACUUGCACCGAUGACACCCUUCUGAUCAACAUCGACGAGAAAAUGAUGCCCUUCCAAGUGAAGAACAUCGACUACGGGAACCACCUCCUCACGCUCGUCGACCUGAAUUUUUCUGCCGAAACAUGCCCUCUACCAAACUACAGCGUCACCAUCAACACCACCAUCUUUGAUUACAACGAGCGCAGUACCAUGAUGACCAUAUACAACUGCAGCAGUCCACAAAUAUCCUUGCCUGCCGACAUAUAUAAAUUCCCAUGUGCGGACGAAAUGUCCGGGCAGUACUAUUAUUAUCGACUAAACGACGGGGAUAGUGUGUUUGGGAAUUGCGAUUUGGCGUCACAAGUUCUGGUGCAGAUAUCGGCGGCAUAUCUGUUUAGUCAUGGAAAUUUGAGCUUCGAAGACGUGAUGAACGAGGGUUUCAUGCUGCGGUGGACGGCGGGGAAGGGGUGGUGCAGUGACUGCGUAAGCUCUGGCGGGAACUGCGGGUAUAACACGGUCGCGCGGGACCAGCAAACCUGCUACUGCCCUAACGGAACCGCUAUCAGAAAUUGCACCACAGCUGCUCACAGCAAGAAAAAUCUUACAGGAGUGAUAAUUGGAAGUUCAGUAGGUGCAGCUGCAGGCCUCGUCGGUCUAUGCAGCCUCUGCGUGUUUCUGUACAUCCGAACACGGAGGCGGCGGCAUUCGCCUUCGUCGUCAAAUCUCAUUCGCAAUGCAUCUUCAUCCGUUCCGAACUCCUACUCCAAGUCCAAGGACCCAGAAUUAGGAGGAGGCAGCAGUGUCUUCUACCAGACUCACCUCUUCUCCUACGACGAGCUCGAGGCGGCCACUGAUGGCUUCUCUGACUCCCGAGAGCUGGGCGACGGAGGCUUCGGCACCGUCUACAAAGGAAUUCUGCGAGACGGUCGGGUAGUGGCGAUCAAGCGGUUGUACGAGAACAAUUGGCGGCGUGUGGAGCAGUUCAAGAACGAGGUGGCGAUCCUCUCCCUCAUCCGCCACCCAAACCUCGUCGCACUCUACGGCUGCACAUCUCGCCACAGCCGUGAGCUUCUCCUCGUCUACGAGUACAUCUCCAACGGUACCAUUGCUGACCACCUGCACGGCUCACGUGCUGACGAGCGUGCAUUGACGUGGCCGCGUCGUCUAUCUAUUGCAAUCGAGACCGCCGAUGCCCUUGCAUACCUCCACGCAGUGAAUCCCCCCAUCAUCCACCGCGACGUAAAGACCAACAACAUACUGCUGGAUGCCGACUUUCACGUGAAGGUCGCCGACUUUGGCCUCUCGCGGCUUUUCCCUCUAGACGCCACGCACGUGUCGACGGCGCCGCAGGGCACGCCGGGAUACGUGGACCCGGAGUACCACAAGUGCUUCCAGCUCACCGACAAGAGCGACGUGUACAGUUUCGGCGUGGUUUUAGUCGAGCUCAUAUCGUCGAUGCCGGCCGUGGACAUAACACGGCGGCGCGACGAGAUCAACCUGGCCAACAUGGCGAUACGUAAGAUACAGAACUGCCAGCUCGAGGAGCUGGUGGACGCCGCGCUCGGGUACGAGGAGGAUCUCGCGACGAAGAGGAUGAUCACGAUGGUGGCGGAGCUCGCGUUCCGGUGCCUACAGCCGGACGGCGAGAUGCGGCCGCCGAUAAGGGAGGUGGUUGAGGUGUUGAGGGGGAUACAGAGAGAGGGCUACAACAAGAACAGUGAGGGGGAGGAAGGAGACAUUGUGGUGAAGGAAGAUUCAGGGCUGCUUAAGAAUAUCCCUCCCUUCUCACCUGAUUCGGUUGCUGCUAAGUGGCCGAGUAGGACUACAACACCCAACACUAGCGAGUAAGAGUAAUCAAUCACAUAUUUACUGGCGUUGAAACGGGUGGAAUAGUUGUGCAUUUUGUGAUGUUGUGUAGAUGUUUUCCUGUUCUAAGUUUACUUACUCUUUUGAAUUUGAGGGCAGUGUACAUAUCAGUUAAGAGUGUUUAACAGCAUAUAUGAGAGAUGAUUAACUAGUC